AUGUUCGCCGGAUAUUCUCAAACUCCACGUGGAUAUCAGUACUCUACAGUCGAUCCUGAGAACAAAUAUUCACGUGCUGAUCCUCAGCUUGCAGAAGAAGAAAAUCAUUCAACUUUUGAGGAAAUUUUCAAAAAUAAUUGGCAAUUUGAGAAGUCAUUGCCAUUCAUUGCCGAAAUAAAUCAUAAAAAGACUCUCAAAUACACAUCUUAUGAACAAAUUUUCAACGAAAUCAAUGAAAUUCAGCCAUUUUUAUCAAAUUUCAACAGUUCUAAUCCUUUAGGCAUCUAUUCAUCAUUAAACAGAACGACAUUUGUAUUAUACCUCGCAUGCUUAUACUGCAACACCCCAGUUCUUGCUUCUGGUCCUGGAUAUCAAACAGAAGAAGAGUUUAUGAAGACUGCGGAAGAAGUUAACUGUGCAGCCAUCAUUGUCCCUCAAUCAGAAAUAUCAAAAGUCCUGGCAACAUUUAACAAAAAUGAUAUUCCAGUGUUUUCAGAUAUCAAUUCUCUUCAAGCAUUUAAAUACAAAGAAGGAGGUGACUACAGAUACAUUUUUGGACAUAAUCCAACUGUUAAAUUGACUCAAGAACAGCUCUGCGCCGCUCUUCCAACUUGGGCAAAGAGAUUAUCAAUUAGCCGCGAUUCAAGAAUCGCUUUGGAGCUUCCUCUUGGUAGCAAUUUACUCAGACUUGCUGCAACGGUCGCAAUUUCUCAGCGUGCAGUUAUUUUCUUCGGAAAUGAGUACAAUCAAGCAUAUAUUACACAUUUCUUCGCAUCCGAACAGUUCUUCAUUGAUACCACAAACCAAAUUACUGAAAAACUCAACAGUUUUGGCUUCUUAUUUAAAUUAAAGUAUUAUCCACUUUAUUGGUGGAAGAAUGUUAAGAUGGCAUUGGCUUCAACAAGUUCUAUUGCUGAUAAUCGCGUUUUUAACCGUCUUAAAGUCGAUUUUGGAUCCGAAAUUCGAUUCUUUUUCACAGAUCAACAGCCAUCUUACGAAUUACAUGAUUUAUUUACAACAGUCAUGACCAAACCAUUGGUAACUGUCACAGUUCCUGAACAAUGGGGCAAUUAUGGCCUUUGUCUUCCAACAGAUAUCAGAUUUACAAAAUACGGAACACUUGGUGGACCAGUUGCAUGCAAGAUCACUAUUGAUAGGGAAAAUGAUACUAUUUCUUGCAGUGCAUCAGGAAAUGUCCUCAAAUCUAAGGCAAAUUGGGAUGAAGAAGGAUCUCUUUAUGCGAUUACUCUCAAAAAUCUCUAUUUAAGUGCUGAAUAA